CAGCCGGCUCUGCUCGGAGCUUGGACCCGCUGUCAGCUCAGACCGGACAUCACUCCGCUUCCUCAGCUCGCUGCUCGACUGUACCGUGGACCUUUAAACCGAACCAAGCUCGAAGAUGUCUCCGAAGAUCAAGGCCGGCUCUGUGGUGGAGAUGCAGGGAGACGAGAUGACUCGGGUCAUCUGGGAGCUCAUUAAGGAGAAACUCAUCUUCCCGUACCUGGAGCUCGACCUGCACAGCUACGACCUUGGCAUGGAAAGCCGAGACGCCACAGACGACCGGGUGACGGUUGAGGCAGCGGAGGCGGUCCGGCGUUACAAUGUGGGCAUCAAGUGCGCCACCAUCACACCGGACGAGAAGCGUGUGGAAGAGUUCAAGCUGAAGCAGAUGUGGCGCUCGCCCAACGGGACCAUUCGUAACAUCCUGGGAGGCACCGUAUUCAGGGAGGCCAUCAUUUGUAAGAACAUCCCCCGUCUGGUGCCCGGCUGGGUCAAACCCAUCAUCAUCGGCAGGCACGCCCACGGAGACCAGUACAAAGCCACAGACUUCGUGGUGCCUGGACCUGGGAAAGUGGAGAUGAUCUACACACCCGCCGGCGGACAGCCAGUCAAAUAUGUCGUCCACGAGUUUGAGGGCUCAGGAGGUGUAGCUCUGGGAAUGUACAACACAGACAAGUCCAUCAAGGACUUUGCUCACAGCUCCUUCCAGAUGGCUCUGUCUAAAGUGUGGCCGCUCUACCUCAGCACCAAGAACACCAUCCUGAAGAAGUACGACGGGCGCUUCAAAGACCUCUUUCAGGAGAUCUACGAGAAGGAAUACCGCUCUCAGUUCGAGGCCAAAGGAAUCUGGUACGAGCACCGUCUCAUAGAUGACAUGGUGGCACAGGCCAUGAAAUCCGAGGGAGGCUUCAUUUGGGCCUGCAAGAACUACGACGGAGAUGUUCAGUCUGACUCUGUGGCACAAGGCUACGGCUCUCUGGGAAUGAUGACCAGUGUGCUGAUCUGCCCUGAUGGACGCACGGUGGAGUCCGAGGCCGCCCACGGCACCGUGACCCGCCACUACAGACAACACCAGCAAGGAAAAGAAACCUCCACCAACCCCAUCGCCUCCAUCUUUGCAUGGACACGGGGCUUCCUCCACCGGGCCAAACUGGACAACAACGCCGAGCUGCGAGUCUUUGCCGAGGCGCUGGAGGCCGUCUGCAUUGAGACCAUCGAGGCUGGUUUCAUGACCAAGGAUUUGGCGAUCUGCAUCAAAGGAAUGCCAAACGUGACUCGUGCCGACUACUUGAAUACCUUCGAGUUCCUGGACAAGCUGGCCGAGAACCUGAAGGUGAAGCUCUCCAGCCAGCCGAAGCUGUGAUCUCCCCUCCAACUGCAGCCGUUAAACACAGACACACACAUAUCCAAACGCAUCACGACAUCCAACUGAACUGUGGGAAGCACAGAGAGCUCAGGGCUGCAGGAGAUCUUUGAGUUACUCGAAGGAGGGCGACUCGUCCAGGAUGAAGGAGACUUCUGACCACCAUCGCCAUCACUGCUAAGCUGAAAACAUCAGCAGCCUCCAGCUCCGACCUGUUGGCUCUUGUUUACUUGCACUCGUCCCUGCAGUGAGUUGUCAGUAUUUGUGUUGGACGGGGGACUGAACUGGUCCGACGAGGCCUCUGGACCUUCACUGCCUUAUUUGUUUUGUGUCAAAGUCAUCAUCGUUUCAACAGCACCUCGGGCGACGUCGUGUUUUAGUGCCACACGAGCCUGACUCUCACUAAUGAAUCACUGUAGCAGAGCGACCAAGCAUUCCUUGAAAUUUUACACCAUGAAACACAGAAGAAGCUCUAACUUUGUAAUGAAAAAAAAUAACGUUUAGUUUUUUGUAUGGUUGCUAAAGAUGUGUAUUUAUCCGUGCUCCCUUUGUGUGUGUGUGUCUGCAUUAACGUCCAGUGUAACAGAUCCGAUCCUGCCAAACUAGAAGAGUCGUCAUCGAAGUGUCUGUUGGUUUGUAAUCAACAUAAAAUGCUUGUUCAUUCCGAAUGUGAUAACUCGUAAUAAAUGAGUUUUUAUGUGACUGAC